UCAAAAUAAACAUGACAUAAUCCCACGACCGCGCUGUGCAGUGUUUUGUUUUCUUACAAUUUCUAAUUAAUUCUAACAUUAAUUUAUGCUAUUUGUAUAUAUGAACAAUAAGCAUAAAGGUGAUUAACAAUGUCGUAUGCAUUAAUCCGUCAAAUACGCCGCGCAGCGUUGGUGACCCAACAAUUUCGUGCGGAGAGCACUUUGACCAAUUUAACUCAUGAAGAUCUCGUAUUUCGGCCUUCCCUGGCUCAUUGGGGCAAAGUCAUUAGAGAAGCUGAGAAGAUAGUGGGAUAUCCAACCUCUUUUAUGAACCUGAGAUGGCUUUUAAGUGACGAAUUCGCAAAUUUAGCUAUGCAUUUGCGCAAAGUUGUUGACACCAACCAUCCAAUCAUAAAAACGGCCAAAACAUUGAUAUACAAUGAACACAACAACCAACAACCUUGGGGCCUUGUCAUUUUGUUAUUGUCGAAAGCAGUAACUAUAGGCACUACUUUGCAGGCAAACAAAACAACGGAGAACCAAAGGGUUUUAGCCGAGUUGACAGAAAUGAUCCGUACUGGGCAUUAUGUACAUAGAGGACUGUUAAACAUUAGCAUAGAGAAACAACUCCAAAUAACUGAUACUGCAAUGUUUGCAAAUAAAGUUGCCAUACUCAUUGGCGAUUAUUUACUUGUAACUGCUAAUGGGAUGUUAGCACGAUUGAAGAACCAAGAUUUAUCUUACUUGAUAUCCACAGCAUUGAGAGAUAUCAGCGAAGGAGAAUUUUUCGGUGAACGAGACUCUCAGAAUAUGCCAUUACCUGGAAAACCAAUGCAUUGUAACAAAGACGAAUUCCUAAUUUGUACAGAUACUCUCCCUUUAGAUGUGAUGGAUACCUUAGGUUCGCCAAUUAGGGAGUGGACGUUACGGACUUUAUACAGUGGUGGUACUUUACUUGGGCGGGGAUGUCAAGGGGCCAUGUUACUAGGAGACCAGGGAUUACAGGAGCAAGAGAAUGCAUACCUGUUUGGCUGCCACUUGUGUUUAGCGUGGCAAGCCGCAACUGACUUACAAAAGUUGACUAGUGAUAACAAAGAACCAUUCUCUUUAGUGAGUGCACCAGUUUUAUUUGCAUUAAAUGAAAAUCCAGAUUUAUAUUAUGUAAUAGAAAAAGGUAGAUUAAAUGUAUCAGAUGUAGAUUGUGACGAGUUAAAAGAUAAAGUAUUACAAACUAAUGCUGUAGAAAAAACAAAAGAAUUAUAUUAUGAACAUGUGAGUAAAGCAGAAAGUCACAUAGAAAAAUUUGGUAACAGCCAAGCUAUUACUACUAUAAAACAAUUGAUAAAGACAUUGUGAUCCAAAAUUUAAAGUUGAACCAACAUAAUUUGUGUAUUUAUUUAAAUAAAUUAAUAUAUUAGCAUAAUUUUGUAGUAACAAUGGAAUAUUUGAGUAAUGUAUGUGAAAGAGUACAUACUAAUUUGUAAACAAUAAAAAUAGUUCCUAUUCCUAUGAGUAAACAUUUGUUUAACAUUGUAACCUUGUGUAAUAUUAUGCAACUUAUUUUACAGUGAUUAUGGAAUGAAUCAUGUAUUGAUCUCAUACAAUAUUAAUGAGCUUUUUUUACCUUGGGUUAUUGAAAAUAGGAGAUUUGUAUAAGACAAAAUAAAUAUGUCUGGCAUAGCAAAAUGUUUUAAAUUUUGUUUAAGUUUAGUAGCUUAAUAUUAUGUUUUAUACUUAAGAAGACAAUAAUAGUAAGUACAAGCAAUGUUCAUUGUUUAACACAAUUUCAAUGUUUUUGGAAUCAUUUUUAUUUAUGUUUAGAUAUUACAAAUGUAAAUUAGUAAAAUUGUUUUUUAUUGGUAUAUUUCGAUUCAGUCUCUCAUUUGAGCGUUAUCCAGGUCAUAUUUCCCAUUUUUUAAUUCUGAAGUUUAAUUGAGUGUCUGUCUGUCUUCAUAAAUUUAUCAGUUUUUUAUAAGAUUAUUUUUAUGUUAUUUUUGGAAGUUAUAUCUGUAAUCUGAUUAUACAUAAUGUAUUUAUUUCAAUAUUAUGAAACAUUUUUGAUUUUUAUGCUGUACAGGGAGUUUAUUUGUGGUUAAUAAAAUCUGUUGCAA